AUGGUAUUCACGUUUAAAAAUAAGAAAAAGAAAAAAGAAGCUAGUUCAGAUAGAGUAAGCAAAGAAUCAUUUAAUGAGGAAGAUAAUGAAAAUAAUUCAAAGAGGGACAAAAGCGAUUCCUGGUAUAAAAAAAUAAUAGAAACUAAAGGAAAAAGUAAAAGUAAAUAUAAAAAUGAUAAUUCAUUUGAUGAUAAUAUUAAUGAUGACAUAUUAAAUAAUAAUAAUAAUAAUGAAGAUAAUAAUAAUAAUAAAAUAUCCGAAAAUUUAUAUAAAGACAAUGAACUAGAAAAUCAACUUAAAGAUACAUUAAAGUCUAUUAGUUCGUUGUCGAACAAGAUUGUAAAUUAUGAAAGUAAAAUUGAAGAAUUAGAAAAAGAAUUAAAAGAAGAUAAGGAUAAAAAUAUUGAUAAUAAUAAUUAUGAAAAUAAAUUAAAAGAGAAAGAAGAUUUUGUGAAACAAAAAAUUGACAUGCUAAAUGAAAAAGAAAAUCUUUUACAUGAAAAAGAAUUAGAUAUUAAUAAAAGAGAAAAGAAAAUAAAUGAAAAAGAAAAAAAUAUAAUAAAAAAGGAAGAAACAUUUUAUAAUUUAGAAAAAGAUUAUUUAGAAAAAAAUAAAGAAAAAGAAGCAAUUUCUAUAGAAAUUAUAGAUAUUAAAAAACAUUUAGAAAAACUAAAAAUAGAAAUAAAAGAAAAAAAAGAUGAUUUGGAAAAUUUAAAUAAAAAAUUGUUAUCAAAAGAAAAUGUACUAAAAGAAUUAAAAGGAUGUGUUAAGGAAAAAAAUGAAACUAUUAAUUCGUUGAAUGAUAAUAUUAUCGAAAAGGAAAAAAAAUAUAAAUUGUUAGAAUAUGAGUUGGAAGAAAAAAGUAAACAAAUUGAUUUAUUAAAUAAACAAGAAAAGGAAAAGGAAAUGGAAAAGGAAAUGGAAAAGGAAAAGGAAAAAGAAAGGGAAAAGGAAAGAGAAAAGGAAAGAGAAAAAGAAAAAGAAAAGGAAAGAGAAAAAGAAAGAGAAAAAGAAAGAGAAAAAGAAAAGGAAUAUGAUACAUUAAUCAAAGAAUUAAAAGAUGAAAAGAUUUCAAUUCUAGAAAAAAUUCAUUCAAUUAAACUAAAAGAAAUGGAUAUUGAAAAAAGAGAACAGAAUUUUGUUCAUAUGGAAGAUCAAUUAAAAGAUUUAAAAAAUAGUUUUGUAAAAAAUAAUAAUCAAUUAAAAGUUUAUAAAUGUGAAAUAAAGAAUCUUAAGAACGAAUUAGAAAAAAAAGAAAAAGAAUUAAAAGAUAUAGAAAAUGUAACUAAAGAAGAAAUAAAUAAUUUAACAAAUCAAUUAAAUGAAAAGGAGAAACAAAUUCUUGCAUUUAAUAAAAAUUAUAAAGAAGAAAUUCAUGGAUUGAAAGAAGAAUUAAAAGAAUCUGUAAAAAUAACUAAAAUAGAAACUCAAGAGUUACAAGAAAUGGUUGAUAUAAAACAAAAAGAGUUAGACCAAUUGCAGAAAAAAUAUAAUGAACAAAUAGAAAGUAUAACAAUCGAAUUAAAUAAAAAAGAGAAGGAAUAUACGAAUUUACAAAAUAAUUAUAUGGAAGAAAUAAAUAAUUUAAAUGGAAAAUUAGAAGAAACUAAUAAAGAAUAUACCAAUUUACAAAAUAAUUAUAUGGAAGAAAUUAAUAAUUUAAAUGGAAAAUUAGAAGAAACUAAUAAAGAAUAUACGAAUUUACAAAAUAAUUAUAUGAAAGAAAUAAAUAAUUUAAAUGGAAAAUUAGAAGAAACUAAUAAAGAAUAUACGAAUUUACAAAAUAAUUAUAUGAAAGAAAUAAAUAAUUUAAAUGGAAAAUUAGAAGAAACUAAUAAAGAAUAUACGAAUUUACAAAAUAAUUAUAACAAUGAAAUAAAUAUGUUAAAUGAUAAUAUAAAAACAAUGAAUACACAAAUAAGUACUUUAAAAAAUGAUGUACAUUUGUUAAAUGAACAAAUAGAUAAUUUAAAUAAUGAAAAGGGCACACUAAAUAAUAAAAUCAAUGAGUUGAAUAUACAAAUUGUGGAUUUAAAAGAUGAAAAAAAUUUCUUAAAUAAUCAAAUUGUAGAUUUAAGUAAUCAAAUUGAUUUGUUAACAAGAAAAAUGGAGGAGAAGGAAAAUAAAAUGGUGGAACAGGAGAAUAAGUAUCAACAAGAGAUAGAACUGUUAAGGGGGAAUAUAACAAGUUCUGAAAAUAUAUUAAAUACUGAUGAAGCGGUGUGUGAUUUAAAAAGACAAUUAAGUUUGAAGGAUGAUGAAAUGAAAAUGAUGAAGGAAGAACAUGAAAAAAAGUUGGCCGAGUUGAAAGAUGAUUGUGAUGUGAGGAUAAGGGAGAUGAAUGAAAAGAAUGAAGAUAAAAUUAAUACGUUAAAGCAAGAAAAUGAAGAUAAUAUGAAUAAGUUGAAGCAAGAAAAUGAAGAUAAUAUGAAUAAGUUGAAGCAAGAAAAUGAAGAUAAUAUGAAUAAGUUGAAGCAAGAAAAUGAAGAUAAAAUUAAUACGUUGAAGCAAGAAAAUGAAGAUAAUAUGAAUAAGUUGAAGCAAGAAAAUGAAGAUAAAAUGAAUACGUUAAAGCAAGAAAAUGAAGAUAAAAUGAAUAAGUUGAAGCAAGAAAAUGAAGAUAAAAUGAAUAUGUUGAAGGAAGAGUAUGAAAAUAAGAUAAAUGAAAUUAAUAAUAAAAAUGAAAUAAAAGUAAAAGAAGUAAUAGAUGAAUAUAAAGAAGAAGUGGAAACAUUAAAAGUUACAUUAGAUGAAAAAAAAAAACAAUUUGAUAAAGAUAUAAAUUAUGCAAAUAUCAAAGCUCAUGAAAAGGAGCAAAUAUUAUUAACACAAAUGGAAGAUUUAAAAUGUCAGAGUGAUACAAAGUAUUUAGAUUUAUAUGGGAAAUAUAUUAAACUAAUAAAAAGUAUUUGUAUGAUAAUUAACAUUGAAUGUUGUGAUGAAAUAGAAAAUGAAGAUAUUAUAAGAAAAAUUGAAGAAUAUAUAAAUAAUAACAAAGGAUCGAAAAAAGAAGUAGAAGAAAAAGAACAUAAAAGACACUCUUCCUUUAAUAUUUUAAAAAGUAAAGAAAAGUUUUUUAGAAAUAGUAUAGAAGAUAAAAGCAAUGAAUUAAAAAAAAAAUAUGAAAAAGAUUUAUUAUCAAAAGAUAAUAAAAUUGAAGAAAAGAAUAAAAAAAUAAAAGAACUGAAUAAUGAAAUUAAAAAGUUACAAGAUGAAAUAGUAGUACAUAAAAAACAAAGUAGUGUACAAGUAGAUCCAAAAAAGAAAAGUUGGAUUCUUAUUAAAGAUAAAUCUAAAGAGAAAUUAAAAGAUAAAGAAAACCAAAUAAAUGUGGAAAAAAUUGAUGAAAAGGAUUUAAAAAAAAAAGAUGAUGAAAUAAGAAUAUUAAAUGAAGAACUUGUACAAUAUAAAACAAUUUUAUAUCAUUUAAAAAAAGAUCCGUUAUUAAGAAAUUACAAUUUAUUAUCAAAAAUUGAUAUAAAUUCUUUAAUAACAAAUGAAGAAAUUUGUCUAGAUAAUAUAGAAGAAAAUGUUUUAGAUUAUGAUGAAGAAAUAAAUAAAAGCAAAUAUAAAUUAAUUGAACUAAAAAAUGAAAUAUGUUCUUUAACUACUGAGCUUAUGGAACUUAAUAAUAAGAAAAAUGAAUUGAUUGAAGAAAAUAAUAAAUUAAAUUUAGUAGAUCAAGGGAAAAAGAAAUUGAAAAAAGAUGUAGAAAAACAAAAAAAAGAAAUAGAAAAAUUAAAUAAACAAUUAACAAAAUGUAAUAAACAAAUAGAUGAAUUAAAUGAAGAAGUGGAAAAAUUAAGUAAUGAAAAUAUUGAAUUAAUUACAUAUUCAAAUGAUUUAAAUAACAAAUUUGAUAUGAAAGAAAAUAAUCUUAUGAUGAAAUUAGAUGAAAAUGAAGAUAACAUAAAGAAAAUGAAAAGUAAAAUUGGUGAUAUGGAAAAAGAAAUAAAAUAUAGAGAAGAUGAGAAAAAAAAAAAUUUAAAUGAAAUUAAUAAUUUAAAGAAAAAAAAUGAAGAUAUGUCUAUUAAAUAUAAUGAAAUGCAUAUUAAGUAUGGAGAUAUUUGUGUAAAAUAUGAAGAAAUGUCUCUUACAUAUAAAGAAACAUCUCUUAAAUAUGAGCAAAUUAAAGUGCAAUAUGAAGAAAUUAAAAUUAAGUACGAACAAAUAAAUGUUAAAUAUGAAGAAAUUAAUGUUAAAUAUGAUGAGAAAUGUUCUCAAUAUGAUGAGAUAUAUUCUCAGUAUGAUGAAAUAAAUAAGAAAUAUGGUCCUUUAUUAAAAAUAAAUGUUACUAAUAAAAUUGUUGAUUCAAAUUUGGAUAGAAAUGAUAAAGAAAUAAUUUUAGAAGAUAAUAAAAUAGAAGGAAUUACGAAUUAUUUAAAACAAAUAUUUGAAUUAAAUGAAGAGAUCAUACGAUUAAAAGGAGAAAUAAAUAAAAUUAGCUUAUUAUAUAGUAAUGAAUUAAAUGAGAAAAAUAGUUAUGAUAUAAACAUGAAACAUGUGCAAGAACAAUUAAUUUUUUUGGAAAAGACAAAUAAAGAAAAUGAAGAGAAAAUAAUUUAUUUGACUAGUCAAUAUACUGAAGCAUAUAAAAAUAAGAGUGAUGGAUCAAAAUUAGAUGCUAUACAAUCUGUUGGUAAUGUUAAUAUAUAUGGAAAUAUAUCCAAUAAUAAUAUGAGUGCCGAAGAAAAUAUCAGAACAAAUGAGGAUAAAUGUGGAGAGAUGUUUGUUAAGAAUAUAGAAGAGAAGAAUGGCAUUCAUUUAUCAAAGUAUAUUAAUCUAUUAGAAGAAAAUAAAUUUCGAUGUAUGAAAAUAAUUUAUGAAAAUGAAAAUAUAAAAAGUAGUAAUAAAAUAAUUGGAUUAUAUAAUUAUUCAAGGUAUUAUGGUUUAAGAGAAGAUUUAUGUAAAGAAGAAAUCGUUUCUUCAAAAAUAGAAAAUAUAUCUAAUAAAAAUAAAAAAGAAAACAAUAAUAGUGAUAAAAACAAUUGUGAUGGUUAUGGUUAUGGUGAUGAUGAGAAGGUUACAAUGGUUUUAUGUAUUAUAUUAAAUGAAAUAAUGAAAUUUUUAUUUUUAAAUGAUGAAUAUGUAUUAUUAUUUGAAAAGAUUCAUAAAAAUGUUUGGAAACGAAUGUAUAUCCCAGAAGAAAUAAAAUUCUUUAUUUUAAAAUAUAUUACUCUGUUAAAUAAAUUGAGAGAUUAUAUAAUAAGUGUACAUAAUAAUAUGAGAAAUGAAAAAUAUGAUGAAUGUUGGUUUUUAUUUCAACAUUAUUUUGAAAGAUCGAGUGAUGUUAGAAAAGAGAUGGUUCAUUUCUUAUUAGAAAGAAGGAGUCAAGAAAAUUUAAUAUCUUUUAAAAGUAAAUUAAAAAGUAAAAAAGAAAAAAUAUUAACAAUGGACAUAUUGCAUUUUAGUAAAGAACAUAUGCAAUUAAAAACCAUAGCUGAUCUAAGAAAAGAAAUAAAUUAUGAAAAAAAUUCUAAAGAUACAUUAAAUAGAGAUUAUAAUUUAUUAUUAUAUAAAUAUCAAGAAUGUGUAAGUAAAUUAAAGAGGGUAAAAAAUUUAAUGAAAGAAAUAAAUCAAAAUGUAUUUAUAGAAAAAUAUGAUGAUAUAAGUAAAGAAUUAGAUAAUUUUUCAGAUGGAUAUAAUGAACAAAAUGAACAAUAUGAAAAAAAUGAACAAUAUGAACAAUAUUUAAUGGAUCCUAUUUUAUUAGAUAAUAAUAAAAAUAAAAAUAAGAAAUUAAUGACUGAACAUAAUACUAUAAUUAAUAGGUUAACUACUUUUACACAAAAUAGAGAUUCAAAAUAUCAAAAUAAAAUAACUGAUGAUGUAAAACAAAGAAGAAUAAAUAAUAUAAUGAAUAAUACAAAUAAAAAUAGUAUUAAUAUUAUUUAUAAUCAUUAUGAAAAUUUAAAUAAACCUAAAUAUAAUGAUAAUAUAAAUAGAUUAAAUUCAUAUCAUCAAAAUAUGCAUAUUGCCAAUUCAAUUCAUCAUAAUAGAAAUAUAAAUAAAAGUUUUCUUACUAAUCAGGCAAAUAAUACAUAUAGUGUUAUGAAAAAUUAUAUAAAUACAGAUAGACCAAAUUUAAAUGCAAAAAAUAAUGUACGUAAUAUUUUUAAUGAAAUUGUAGAUGAAAAUGUAAAUAAAACGUUUGUUCAUAAAAGUUUAUUUUUUUAA